GGUGUUAAUUUUGACUUCCUAACAUUUUCACUUAAGCCUAUUUAAUAGUGAAAUAUUAUCAAAGUACUCAACAAAUACACUGUCGAACUUCCCUGACCUUUUAAGCUAAAUCUUUUAUAUCUACUUUACAUGUGUAUCGUUUUGCGUUUCUUGUCUCGUUCUAGAUUACCCGUGCCACCGUUCCAGAUAAAGGAACAAUAAGCAGCCGUUUUUCGUCAAAGACAUUUUUUGUAAUUAAGCCACCGAAUGUGAGGUACAUGUAUGAUGGUUUAUCCGUUCCUUCAGGAUAUAUUGGCUACAGCCUGCUUUUAAAUGCAAUCGGUUGUCAACAUCAAGAUUAAAUUUCUCUGGUUAAAUGGGGAAAAACAAAACGAGAGUGCAAGAACUUUCGUCUAAGAGAGAAAUGACCAUCUGGAAAAGUGCAAAGCGGAUUACUACAAAUCUCUCCUUGUUGUGCCAGUUAUAUUUUUCUUUUUUUUCUUCAGACAAAUCUGAAAUGGGAUUCAGGAAAAAAAUGAAUUAUUGAUUGGAUAUUUAUAUUAGGUUCUUGUCCUGAAGUGGUAGAAGGUUUAAUAUCGACAUAAGAAUUACAAAAUCGCACAAAUAUUUGCUUAGCCGGUAUUUAGCCCUAAUAAAUGAACAAUCUUGGACAUACGAGUCCUGUUCAAAUACCAGACUAACAACAUAGAGAGACGUUGAUUUAUGAAGGGAAUAUAUUGAGUUUUCACGGAAUCGUGGUCCACAGAGAGAUGUACACACGGAUAUCGGUUAGGACGUUGUGUUCAUUUGUUGAUCAAGGAUUGGACAUUUUAUCUCCGAUCACUGUGACGAUGAUCUCCUUGCGUUAAAUAACCGUGUGUUUGCGUGUGGCCCACGUGAAUUUCGGAGUUUGUUUUGUUUUGUGUGACACGUUUAGGAAUCUGAAUAUACGUCACGGUUGUAUAAUUAGUGAAUCCAAACACACAGUAACUUAUCAUCACACAAUUUUGUUUAGUGCACACGCCCUUGUGUUUGAUGUUACACAGCCGUCAAAAGAUACUUGAGAGGAUAUAUUUCACGAGGAAUAUAGAUGCUAAGUGUGCUUCAAUGUGUUUUAAGCGCUUUGAAAGUAGAUAACAGGUUUGCAUUUUAUCUUUACUUUCUAAAAUAUUUUGAACGUUAUGAACAUUGUGAAACUGACACUACGUGAUGCAUAUAUUAAAUUUCUUAUCCGCGCUUGAGUGAAUUCUCACCUGCUUUUAAUACUUUGUCCUUUGCGAGACGCGUUCACAGAAUUCGCAGGAAAUGUAUUCCCUAGUGCUGGUGACUUUACUAUGGACGUUAACUCCUAGGACAACAGGAGAUCAUCACGUAACAAGGACAGACAUCUGCGCCAACAGCGGGAAGUUUCUCAAAUGUGAUUCCAAUUUUGUUUUGAAAAUCAAAGAUGUCAUAUGCAUGCCUAAUAACUACACCUGUCCUGAAAAGGGCAGAAUUGUGUCGAUUUGCGAAGGUCAACGAUCUUGCGAAAGCAUCGGACUGCGACAACAAAUGUGGACGUACUGUCAGGAUCAACCAAGCAGAACGGUACUGGUGGAUUAUUCAUGCGAAUCUGUUGACGAUAACGCCUUUUGUCGAACAAACCUAUGCAGUGAUCAAAGCAGGGGCCUUUUGUGUCCCCCUAAGUCCAGCAUUCACGUGACUGAUCUAAGAUGUGGAUCAGAUAGUCAACACUGUCCUUGGAACCUUCAUCAUAUCAUUUAUCCUACAUGUGAGGGAAAGCAUGAAUGCCACGCUUCCGGUCUACGAAUACUGGGAUUGGAAAAAAUCUGUCGUGUCCAUUCAUUCGUCAUUGCUGAUUACAUUUGUGUUCAGAACUCUGUCGUGCAUGACACGUGCUCAGGGUACACAAACCGGCUUCCAUCCAGAUUCGGCGUCAUAAAAAGUCCAGGAUAUCCCCAAAAUCCCAACGGAAAUCCUAACGGUUGUGUGUGGAGAAUACCUCUUGGACUAGGACAACGAAUUGACGUGACAGUUCAUUUGGCAUACUCUCGUGAGAAAACCGAAGGAAACACGUGCUCUGCUAAAUUUCUACACGUGCGUUAUGUAGACUGCCGUUCCCUGACGACAGUUACGGAAUACUUCUGUCAAACGCACGAGGUCAACAUAUCCCGUCAGUCGUGUGGUGACGUCACAAUACAGAGUUAUUCAUACUUCAAAGGAGACGAUAGAGGCAACCGGUUCCUUGUGUCAUACGAGGUUGUUGUAUAUGACGCCAAGGGACGUUCCUACGUGCCCUAUAUUCUUCCAUGUGGAGGUUCUUCCGGGAGUAGCUUUUACGCAUCCUCAAAGGACGUCCAAGAUGGUGGUUAUUUAUCGUCUAAUGAUUCCACGAGUGGAAAUGGAACUGUGAUAGAAUAUGCUUUGGAUCCUGAGAAAUUUUCCCUUAUUCUUAAAAUAGUGAUGAUCAACUUCCUUCUGUUCAUCGUAGCCUUUAUAUUAGUAGUGUCAAUCUGCCUUGUUUGUUACAAAACACGACAAAUGGAUAGACAAGGCGGUUAUCAAAUAGCUAAGGAUGGUGAAACUGCAGGUACAUCUAAACAGAAUGGUGUGGAAGAAGAGACUAAAGUAUUACUCAGAGAAAGCAAUGAAACCACUGUAUCAAAUAAAGCUAGUAAUUAUUACCCUGCAGUUCAAAAUAGAAAUACAUACGAUGGAAUUUACAAUGAAAUCAAAUCGGAGGAUUUACCAGGUGCAAAGGAAAUCAAACCGAGAAAGAAGAAAGACCCUUAUGCUUCGUACGAUAGUCUGGACUUUGACAGCGGAGUAGGUGCGGAUAUGGUCGGCGGAAGAAGGUAUAGUGCACGGUGUUCGGCGGAAGUAGUUGUGUCAAGUAACCUUCCGCCAACCCCACCUCAGACGCCAAGUGAACAGAACACAGUUCAAAAUGGUAUCAAAGACAAUCAAGUUGUUGUUGGGGAAGAUGGCGUUCCCCAUGUGAAAAUCAAUAAUGAUUUUUACGCAAUUGUUCAGAAAUCCAAGAGUCUUCCAAAUGGCACAAGUAGUUCUCAUCCCUCAAAUUCUUUUGAAGUGGAGCCACACGACAAUCAAGUCAAUGGUACCAAUGGGGGGCCCUUUUCAUCAUCAGGGGUGUUACCACAGCAUGACUGCAUGCUACACAAUGACGUCCAUUGUAAUAUUCCCCCUUUUCCCAAUCUAGAUAGCUACGAUAACAUCCAUAUUGACAACUUGCAGUCUUCAUCAACCGCUUGACAUUAUCGCUACGAAACGAUAAUAUUUGUAUGAUUUUAUCUCUAGUCCCAUAGAUAGCCUAGCCAGGGAAACGGGACAGCGCAGUAAGUUUUACUCAGCAACUGUUGGAAGUUGCGGACCCGUCCUACUAGAUCUAACAAUGCAAUGUAAAUGAGUAUUUCUAUAAGCCCAUCUGUCCACAACAUGCAUUUAAUUUAUACAUUAAUGAAUGCCAGCAAUUAAGGAUUUGAUUGAUAAUUAUUCAGGCAUGAUAGAACUUUACAUCGAGCACCUUGCUUUGUUUAAAGUGUAAUUCGAAUAUAUCCCCUUUAUAAAAAUAUAGUUGUCCUGUCAGUGUUUGAAGUCUUCAAGAAAUGCUUUUUUAUCGAAUAUUACAACGAUUAUCCAUUUCUUGGCAAGAAGAUAUAUUUACACACGGAUUUACAACGGGAUGGUAAUAGUUUCUAGAUUACAUAAUUAUUUAAGCAGUUCCUGAAUGUUUUCCCUAUUCUAACCAGGAAAAUUUAAAAUAGAAACUAUAUGAAUCUUGCCAGGUUUAUCUAUUAUCAAGUGCAAUAUAAGUGCCAAAAUAAAUGCUUUAACCAGA